GCGGGAAUCGUCAUUUUUUUUAAUUGCUUAUGAUAAUAAUCAACCUUCUAUGUGGAGCAGACCUGGUGUGAUGGUUAGAACGCCGAAGACCUGGGAUCAAAUCCCACUCCCGACAAACUCGCAAAAUGUGAGUUUUUCCUUCGGAAGGGAAGUAAAGUGUGGGUCCCGAGAUAAACUAGCCUAGGGCUAAAAAUGUCGUUAAUAAAGAUGAAAAAAUCAACAUUCACUGAUGUGUCUGCAAGUUUGAAUACAGUAUGAUACGCUCUUAUUUGAGGUUUAAUGUUAGAUUGUUUUUGAAAAUGAAACGAUCAGGAAGAGUACAUACUAUUAAAAUAGCAUUUCUUGCCGUUAGGCAAAAAUUUGCUAAUCAUAGUCACUAUCGCAGGGAUCCCCACGAACGUUGUACUGCCAUGCUGAGCCAAAUGUAACCGUUUCGAAGAUCAGUUUGCGACUGACUAUGGGAGCAUCAACAGUUGUGGGAUUAGCGCUGUCGCUAAGCUUGUUCAUCGUACGGUCAGCAGAGGGAACGGGGACCUGUGGACAAAGAAAGUUGGCUGCUACUGCACUGAUUGCUCUUGGUUACAAAUCACGGUAUGGAGCGUGGCCUUGGCAUGGUGCAAUAUUCCAUAGAGUUCGACUAAAUCGAACCGAGUAUGCAUGUGGAGUGACUAUUUUGACGGAGCAAUUUGUAUUAACGGCAGCUCACUGUACGUAUGACGAAUGGCAAAGGCUUCGAGAGGAUCGAGUGUUUAUCAAAGUGGGACUUAGCAAUCUGGAAUCACCGGAGGACCAUAUGCGGCAGUUUGAUGUUAACAAGAUAAUUCGACACGAAGAAUACGAUAGGGACUCAUUUGAAAAUGACAUUGCGUUGCUGAAGCUGUAUAAUGAAAUGACCUUCAAUACCUACAUACAGCCCGCGUGUUUAUGGCAAGGUGAUAGUCAGUUGAGCAAAAUAAUCUCAAAAGUAGGAAUUGUGGUUGGAUGGGGACUCAAUGAAGGAUACCGCUUGCCCGAACGUUUGAGCGAAGCAACGAUGCCUAUUGUAUCUCGCAGAGAUUGCAUUGCAAGUGAUCCCUACCAUUAUAAAAAGUUUUACUUUGAGUUGAAAACAUUUUGUGCAGGCUACCGCAACGGUACCAAUGUCAAUCGUGGAGACAGUGGCGGUGGAUUAUAUAUGCGGAUGGAUGCGAACUGGGUACUUCGUGGAUUUGUUAGUAACAUAAAAACAAAUCCAAACACAUUGAAGAUAGAACCAGAUAGUUACACCAUAUUUACAGAUGUUUCUUACUAUAUUAGCUGGAUUAAAACAAACGUGCCCGACAUACAACAUAUUGCUGUAGAUACAGACCAAAUAGCUGAAAAUGAAUCUGACGCCAAUCUACUAGACUUAUGGAACUGUGGCAAGGAUGCCUAUCUGGCAAGCACACCGGAAGAAGGAUAUCAAAUGCAGUACCCAUGGCGGGCUGUCAUCCAAAGAUAUGAUCUCAUGAGACAAAUAUACCAAACUUUGUGCCUUGGACUUUUGAUUCAUCCCAGUUUUUUGAUUACCACUGCUAGAUGCAUUCACAUAAAUGGAAAGAGGCAUAUUUCAGUAAGGAUCAACGAGUUGCAUGGCAUUCAAAGUUACUCAACGAGAAUCCCCGUUCGCGACACAUUUGCACAUCCAGACUAUGACACUCCAAAGUAUGCCAACGACAUUGCGUUGGUUAAAUUAGAGCAACCGGCUACCGUGAACCCAAUAUGUCUACCUUUAUGGGAUCCAUUCAACACUUCAAAUACCAAAAAGUUUGACAUGGUUAGUUUGCAUAUGUACGAGCAGUAUUGGAAAUAUCAAAAUGUAGCUCAACUAGUUGAUUAUACAGGCUGUCCGUUUAUGUUCACCAUGAAUGACAUCAAAUUGACCAGGGGCCAAUUCUGCGGCACUUUCAUUGGCGAGGACAACUACGUCGAUGAUUCAUACUAUUUGGGACCAGCACUGAUGCAGUAUUUUAGGAAAGGAUCCUUUGAGGGGCAGUACUUCCUGACGGCGAUUGCGUCCUUUGGAGUUAGAGGGGGCGUGUCUGAUGCUCCUACAGUGUUCACAAAUGUAGCGCAUUAUUCCAAGUGGAUUCGCGAGAAGAUUGAACAAAACUAGGCAAAAUUUGAGGCAACUGUUACUAAACAAAAUGAUUUGGCUUAGGAACACUUGUUUUUAUUCUUUCAUUCAAAUGCAUGUUCAUUGUUCAUACUGGUUUAGGGCCCUAAAGUCGAAGACAACAUUAUUUUUUUUUGUUGCAAAAUAUAAUCAAAUACGCAUAGACGAAAAAUAAUGAGGAUUACUCGUCGUGUGUUAUUUAUUACUGGACAUAUGUACAGGGAAUGAAAAAAAUGUUUGGAAAAGACAUUUUUUUUCACUCGCAAGCUCUGACUUUUCAUAGAGAGUGCAUCAAAAUUUCUCAAAUUUUGACUGUUUGUCAACCUAUUAUGUAUGCAUCAUUGGUACAAAUUUGGGGUCGAUUGGUUGAUGUUUCGCGAAGCCAGAACUGUUUUCGUAAAACAUUAUUUUUUUGCGCAACUAAUUUUUGAAUAGUAAUAUCUCUCAAACCAGAGAAUCGAAUUUAAUUAAAUUUAACUGCAAAAAUAGUAUAUGCAGUAAUACUUAUCAGGCUGACCUUUAAGUAAUGGAAUUCGACAGAUUUCUAACUGGGUACUCGAAAUUAAUAUGUAUUACGGAAAAAAACAAACAAACUAUAAGUUAUUACUAACGAAAUACAAGAAUCCUAGGUGAAAUACAAAAUUAAUAAAUAAUAGAAAGAUAUUUUCAACCACAUCCGAUGCAACAACCAAAUGAGGGGUUUAUUAUUAUUAUACAUAUUUUAUUAAAGAGACUUCACCAAAUAAGUUGGCAUUCGUGUCCAAAAUGAAGCAAAGAGGUGUAAGUGACAAAAACCCACUUUCCAGUAAAUGAAGCCUCAUGUUUUUCCUCAAUUUUUCAUCCCAUACAAAAUGUAUGGUGUUUCAAAAUGGACCUACUUUUCUCCGAUUUAUUGAGACUUUUCUAAUCAUCGUAAAAGUAAUCGUAAAAAAAAGUUCCUAAAUGUUUGAAAUCUGACGAUUUUUGAUAUCCUAAGCUUAAAAUCGACAAAAUGGUUACUU